AUGUCUCGACAAGUGACACGGGAGAAUCCUCCCGAGGGUGCCAACAGCCCCGAACUCGCACAACACCAGACCCUCAACCUCCAGCUCCUCCGGACGGAGACCCGACAGACGCUGGCUGAACGUGGCAUUUCACAGUCACCUCCUCCCUUGGACCCCAACUACCCCGAACUCGGCCGGCCCGCAGAGCCCAUCUUCCCCGAAGAAUACACGCUCGAGACAGAGACCGGUCUCGUGCCGGAACGCACCCUCGAAGAGAUCCGGAGCAGAGUCUCGACGGUGCCUUCCCGGAGACGGACCCGUGCCAGCACCCCCUCAGAACCGGACCUCGAGAAGGAAGGGGUGGAAGAACCGGUCGAGUUCGUGACCUUCAAGCUCAACGACCCCGAAAACCCGCACAACUGGUCGCGGCUUUUUCGGUGGUACAUCACGCUCGCCGCGUCGUCUCUGGUCGUCUGCGUCGCGUUCGGCUCGUCGGUGGUUACGGGCGGCCUGGGCCUCAUUGAGGACAAGUACAACGUCUCGCUCGAAGUCGCCAUCCUGACCUGUUCCAUCAUGGUCUGCGGGUUCGCCGUGGGCCCUCUGCUCUGGAGUCCGCUGUCCGAGAUCAUCGGCCGUCGACCCGUCUACGUCAUCUCGCUGUUCCUGUACACCAUCUUCAACAUCCCCUGCGCGCUGUCCCCCAACAUCGGCGGGCUGCUGGUCUCGCGGUUCUUGUGCGGUGUCUUCUCCAGCUCCGGCCUGUCCCUGGCCGGCGGCACCAUCGCCGAUAUCUGGAACAUUGAAGAACGUGGCAUGGCCAUCGCUUACUUCGCCGCAGCACCGUACGCGGGCCCCGUCAUCGGCCCCAUCGUGGCCGGCUGGAUCAACGUGGGCACGGGCCGGCUCAACCUGUUCUUCUGGGUCAACCUGGGCUACGCCGGCUUCAUGAUGGUGGUGAUGGGCCUGAUCCCGGAGACGUACGCGCCCGUGAUCCUCAAGCGGCGCGCGGCGCGGCUACGGAAAGAGACGGGUGACCCGAACAUCAUCACCGAGCAGGAGAAGACCAAACUGACGCUGGCCGAGGUGGUCAAGACGUCGCUGGUGCGGCCCAUCAACAUGAUCCUGACCGAGCCUGUGCUGGACCUGAUGUGUAUGUACAUCGUGCUGAUCUACGCCAUGCUGUACGCCUUCUUCUUCGCCUACCCGGUCAUCUUCGGCGAGCUGUACGGCUACAACGACGGCCAGAUCGGCCUGAUGUUCAUCCCCAUCAUCAUCGGCGCCGCCUUCGCCCUGGUCGCCACCCCGCAGUUCGAGAAGCAGUUCAAGCGCGUUUGUGCCCAGCGCGACCCCACCGCCGAGGACCGCCUGAUGGGUGCCAUGUUCGGCGCCCCCUUCAUCCCCAUCUCGCUGUUCAUCCUGGGCGCCACCUCCUACCACGGCAUCAUCUGGGUCGGCCCGGCCUCCAGCGGCAUCGCCUUCGGCUUCGGCAUGGUGUUGUGCUACUACUCGGUCAACAACUACAUUAUCGACUCGUACCAAAAGUACGCUGCCAGCGCCCUGGCCGCUAAAGUCUUCCUGCGGAGCGGCGGCGGCGCGGCCUUCCCCCUGUUCACCACCCAGAUGUACCACCGCCUGGGCCUGCACUGGGCCAGCUGGCUGCUCGCCUUCAUCGGCGUCGGCAUGGUCCUGAUCCCCUUCUCCUUCUACUUCUUGGGCGCCAAGAUCCGCGCCAAGUUCAACAAGGGUGCUUGA